AUGAACAAUGAAUCAGAUAUAAAAGUUGAAGAAUUACUAAACCUACUAAAUGAAUAUCAACAACUAACUAAUACAUAUAGAUCAUCUUUCAUUAACGGAUUUUUACAUCUAAGUAGAGCAAAUUUUCAAAGUGAAAAAAUCAAAUUUGGUAAAGAUACUUUGGAUUUGAGAAAUUAUAAAGCUUGUAAAAAUGUUGACACUAGUGAUGGGGUACUAAAAUUAGUUGACAAUUUGAUACCAAUUGAGUCAAUAAAAACAGAUAAGGAGAAGAAAUCAACUAUAAAGAACAGGAAGACCAAGAAAUCAAUUAUUGAUGAAAAAACCACCGAAAAAAUUACAGAAGAACCUACUGAAUUAGAAUUUAGAGAUCCAAUACUACAAUUUGGUGCAUUAACUCCUAAGGAACUUAAAUUAAGUCAAAAAGAUUUCAAUGAAGGUCUACAGCUAAGUGUUAGGCUAAUAAAUUUACGAAAUAAAAUAAAUAAAUUAAUAGAUGAAAUAGAAUCAAUGUCUUAA